CACCGAGCGAGCCAAGAACUGUUGUCGUCUCAUAGCGUGCGCGCCUUUCAAGUUUGUUGGAUCGGUACCUGGGCUGCUGAGUCUACAGCCAAGGUCUAAACUUGCUCGUGCCUUGGCUCGAGCACCUUUUCCGGUAUCCCCUCCGUUGAGAGUGCAUCCAGGGGGCGGCUCCGGCGGCUGGUGACUUGUUUAGACGUCCUCCAUAACUGUGACAUUUAAAGGAAGCACUUAGCACGGAGCUAUCGGAUUCCUAAUCACCAGCAAGCUGCAGAAAGGAGGCGCCAUGUCUGAUCAUCUUGAAAAUGGCACCGUCGCAACGACCAGCAGGGAAGCCAUCAUUCCAGUCGUCUUUAACGGCAAGCAACACUUCCCAGGCAAACUUGUGUUGUCUAAGACGUCGCAAAUCAACGAGACUGUGGACCGCAAGAUGCCCCUGGUGCCCUUAGAAGAUGACCCCAUGCAGCGAGAAUGGGACGAGUUCCUCGAGGAUUUCCCGCAGUGCAGCCAGUACCUCGAGCCCGGCUUUUUAGAUAAAAAAUUCCCAGCCUUGAGAAAAAGUGUGGAACGUCAGGAACCAGAGUCCGAUGGCGGAGCCGAGAAGGUAGUUGUUUACGAUGUUGACGUCAAAGAGUUUCAACCGGAAGACAUCAGUGUCCGCGUCAAAGACGGGAAUGUCUUGGUCAUAGGGAAGACUGAGAAGAUACUUAACGGCGGCGGAAAAUACUCUAAAGAGGAAAUUCUGGGUGGCAUCAGGGUUCCUGAGGACGUGGAAGAUGACGACGUUCUCCUGGAAACCACGCCAGACCUCAGACUGAGAGUUUCGACACCUGAUUCUCGACCGGGAUCUGCCAUGUCUUCCGCGCCCUCAUCGGCACAAUCAUCUGCACCUUCGUCAGCCGACACCUCCCUUGCUGAAAGGUGAGGUGCCUCACCGAAGAAAACAGAGAUACGUUAUGUUUCGCUGUUCGCGUGGAGAUCCCAUGGAUAACUAUACAUAGAAUAUCGUUGUGUGCUCUCAUGACGCCGUGAAGUGAUUACAAAAACCUGGGAGAAAUCACCAGCCAAUCUGUCAUUGUGCCCAUCGUGUGACGGUGCAAGGCGAUGCGUCGAACACUGCGUUUGUUUUUAUUUCAUAAGUGAGCGAGUCGAAUAUGGAUGAUGUACAUUGACUCAAGAGGUUGCAAAGUCUUUUAUUGAUUCCACUGCUCGGAAGCGCGCGCAUCAUUGUUUGUCGCAUGAAUGGCGCUGUGUUUUUCAAAUGUACUUGUGCUAAAUUUAAUUGUUUUUGCACGCGAGUUGGAUGCUUUGAGCAUUUGUCAAUAAAUGUUCCUAUAUAGA